CAUAGGUUUUAUUGUCCAUGCCUAGCGUCAUGGAAAUAGUUACUUUGUUACAGAACGUAUAGGAAUAACCUCCAAGAAAUAGUCUAUGCUUUGCUUUAAUCGCAGACCCUAAUAAUUUGCUAAUAAUGCUUCAUCUUUUUUGUAUUGAAGGAAACAGAUCAAGAUACACAAGAACCUGUUUAGCGGGGGAAAUGGAGCAAGUCCAAGGAAUGUCGAUCAAGACCAGAAUGCACUAGUCUGGGAUAUCAUUACUCAUCUCUCUCCGCGCUGAAUGGUUUCUUCCACCCGGGGCACUUUGUCUUUGUGCUGGAAACAAAAUAUUUUGAUAAUGUUUGACCACGUCGGUGGGAUGUACAGCAAGUCUGUGUUCGAGGACGUUAUCACGCAAGGAUAACAAUCAAACUAUUCUUCAGGAUUACAACGAAUAGACGAAUGUUUGCAAUUGCGUCUUGGUGAAAACGAGUUUUCGGAUGAACCGGUGUGUCAUUGCUGGUGUGAUGCAUGGACUGAGGAGUUACAAGUUGCGAUAGCCAACAAGUUAAAUUGCAGUUUCAAGUAUCGAAGGUAAAGCUUGGAUAUCCUCAAUAGAAACAAAGAAAACGUUUAGGCUAAUGGGACAUAAGGCUAUCGAUAGGAAUAUGGUAUUGAUGUAGUAGGCAGUGGGUGCAUGGCAUGUGGUAUUAAGCAAUUUAUCCAGUUUGGAAUUGAUAUUUGCAGUAAGAAUACCAAAGUAAAUAGCCCAUAUUCCUUGUUAAUUGUAUGUGUACAGGAAUGGAUUCUCACAACCACUGAAAACCAUUUGCAAUUCGAUGUUACUGCUUUUGUAUGCAGUCCACAGGCCUACUAAAAAGAUGGACAAGAUUCUUGGCACAGUAUAGAAAACAACCCCGGACACUUGUGUAAUCGAGUCGUAGAUAUACGCAGCUUGAUACUGCACUAGAUGUUUUUUUGGGGAGUAAAACCAGAUAUAGCACUAAGGUUAUUAUCGUGUUAUAGUGCAUGAGCACAGCUCAGUAUUUAUGCCAUUUGACAGUUGUUGUGGCAUUCCAGCACAAUACCAUUAGAUUUACAUAACUCUUUCACACCAUUUCUUAUUGAUUCAAACAAGUGUUGGGUGACUACAGUUGAAAUGAGCUGAAAUAGUAGGGCUUUAGUUCAACAAUUUAGACAUCACCUAUUUGCGUGUUAAAAUGUUGUGCUCAAGGGUAGCAGCGUCACAAUGGUUUUAGGCGGCGUGUGCAUAUGAUUUUCAUCAGAGAGUCAAAAUGUCGAUGAAAGGCAAGGCACUCUACACUUUCCAAAGUGAAAACAAAGAGGAGAUCAGCAUACAGGAGAAUGAGGAACUGGUUAUCUUUGACGAUAACUCUGUAGAUGGCUGGUUACAAGGGGAGAACAGUAAAGGACAGAGAGGUCUCUUCCCGGCCUCUUACGUGGAAGUAAUCCGCCCUCGUUCCAACUCCAACCUGACAGACUGCUCCAUAAGCCCGGUGGGUUCUCCAGGCAAUGACUCCUCAUAUUUCCCCUCCGCCCCAAACACGCCCUUUCUCAUGCAACAAGGUUACUAUGACGACGAUGAUGAUGACUGGGAUGAUUGGGAUGACAGUUCCACAGUGGUGGACGAUGAUGGCCGCAGUGGCGCAAAUGGACAUUCCCAUCAGAGCCCCCACUCCAACAACCCCAAUGUCCACUAUCGAGCCAAACCUUACAUGGAGAGGCAGGACAGCAUCUCCAGCUCGCGGAAGGGCAGUAUGGUGGGCAGGAACUUGAACCGAUUCUCCAGCUUUGUCCGCUCAGGAGUGGAAGCUUUUGUGUUGGGCGAUGUGCCCAUGAACGCUAAGAUAGCGGAGUCGUACACCAUUGAGAUGGGCCCCAAAGGGCCUCAAUGGAAAGAAAGCCCCACACCUUUCUCUUGCUCCAUCGAGGACCCUACCAAGCAGACCAAGUUCAAAGGCAUCAAGACCUACAUAUCGUACCGAGUGACCCCAAGCCACAAUGCGAGGCCUGUGUACCGGCGUUACAAGCACUUCGACUGGUUGUACAACCGUCUACUGCACAAGUUCACCGUCAUCUCCGUGCCCCACCUGCCCGAGAAACAGGCAACAGGGCGCUUCGAAGAGGACUUCAUCGAGAAGCGCAAGAGGCGGCUAAUCCUCUGGAUGGACCACAUGACCAGCCACCCGGUCCUGUCGCAGUACGAGGGCUUCGAGCACUUCCUCAUGUGCGCCGACGACAAGCAGUGGAAGCUGGGCAAACGGCGUGCAGAGAAGGACGAGAUGAUGGGCGCGAACUUCAUGCUCACCUUCCAGAUCCCAAAUGAGCACCAGGACCUGCAGGAUGUGGAGGAACGUGUGGACUCCUUCAAGUCCUUUGCCAAGAAAAUGGAUGACAGCGUCAUGCAGCUUACGCAUGUGACCUCAGAACUGGUGCGGAAGCACCUCGGAGGCUUCCGGAAGGAAUUUCAGCGGCUGGGGAACGCCUUCCAGAACGUCAGUCAGGCAUUCAUGCUGGACCCUCCCCACUGCUCGGACGCCCUCAACACCGCCAUCUCCCACACGGGACGUACUUACGAGAACAUUGGGGAAAUGUUUGCGGAGCAACCUAAGUAUGACCUCUUCCACAUGCUGGACAAACUGUCACUCUACCAGGGCCUACUCGCCAACUUCCCGGACAUUAUUCAUCUACAGAAAGGUGCGUUCGCCAAGGUCAAAGAGAGUCAGCGGAUGAGCGACGAAGGGAAAAUGGACCAGGACGAGGCAGACGGAGUGCGUAAACGCUGCCGGACAGUGGGAUUCGCUCUACAGGCUGAGAUGAACCACUUCCACCAGCGCCGCGAGGUGGACUUCAAGGAGAUGAUGCAGGCCUACAUCAAACAGCAGAUCGCCUUCUACCAGCGCGUGGGCCAACAGCUGGAGCGUACCCUGCACAUGUACGACAACCUGUAGAGGCUGGGCUUGUCAUCAGCCCUGACGUUAUCCUUUUGAUCCGAAAUGGCCGCCCAGUUCAACGGGGCCUCUUCAGGGGUUGUCAAAAAGCCUAGUGGAAAUAGAGACAUCCCACUGGACACACACUGGUUGUUUAAAUUUAAUUUGUCAAUGUAUUGUGACGUGGAAAAUACAUUGGAUUUGAACAAAGUUUUCUUAAUUGAAAUUAGGGUAAAACUUCAACUUAACUAUAUAGACUUAACCUGAUUAACAGGUUGUUAUAUCAGUCUAAUUUCAACAUAAUCAUCAUAACAAUUAAAUACGUGGAAAUUGCGUUGAAAAUUCCACGUAGAAAUGUACAAAAUCUUCAACUUUGGGUGGUUGAAAUGAUGUUGAAUUUCAUAUUUGAUUAGACAUAUGUUAUUUGAACUUGUUUCAAUGCUGAUAGUAAAAUGGUAUGUUUGAAUCAACAUCAUUGUUUCAACGUCAUGCCAUCAACCUAAAUAGAUGUAUAUUGAAAUAAAAUGGUAAGCCACAGUCCAACGAUUCCUGCCUGAACAUUGACCCCUACGGAGAGGUAAUGCACUUCAGUGAAACAAGUCUACCAUACAGAUGCCUUCCUCUAUGUACCCUGCUUAGCUUUAGAAACAAGCUGUGUUCAGUUCAGCUGACCUAUCAUGUCAACACAGUUAGACAUUGGUCAGCUUCCAUACACUUUUGCAUAGACUACCUAAAUACCAUUGAAUAGUUGAAAGUAACUCCUCUAACUUUUCUUACACUAGCUGUAUGUGAAAGUAAGUUUGGAGUGAGGUUGGGUUUAUUAUGUAAGCUACAUUGACAUCUGAUUUUCCCAAAGGCCACCAUCAUUUCAACGCUAGGUAUACUGUCAUUCAACCAUGGCUGAUUGGAUCUUUGGAAGUUUAGAAGUAUAGAAGUAGUUACCAUUAGCCUUAUAAUUAGGAUGCCGAAUGUACCUCUUUAUUUCAGUGCAUGACAUGAAGUUGAAACUGACGUUGAUUCAAACAUACAAUUUUACAAGGUCAAAUGAAAUAUGUCUAAUCAAAUAUAAAAUUCAACAUCAUUUCAACAGUGUUGGGGAAUCUGCUCUGAAAAUAUAGGGAAAGGGAAAGGGGGACUCCUAGUCAGUCGUACAACUGAAUGCAUUCAACUGAAAUGUGUCUUCCGCAUUUAACCCUCUGAAUCAGAGAGGUGCGGGGGGCUGCCAUAAUAAUAUAGUUUACCAAGCUACCAAUUACUUCACACUGGAAGAAGUUAAGCUACACUAAAGCUACCCUUAAGAAAAAUAUAGUUUACUUGACUAAGGUUACUUUGAAAAAGUAGUUCACUACAUCCAAAGUACAUUCAGAAAAAUUAUUGUAUGUAAAUUUGAAAUGUCAUAGAGUACAAAUUGCAAGAACAGUUCACUUUGGGGUCAUACAUUAUUGGAAUAUGUAAUUUUAAUAGAAUAUGUAAGUUUCAAGUGAGAAUUUGGCAGGUCUGAUGCCGAAACCCCCCCCAAAUAUUUCCUACUUCACCCAUAUUUUAUUUUAUUUUUUAGCAAAAAGAGUCAUGUGUAGUUUCAGUUGUUAUCUACACCACUGUGUGGCAAAAAAGUAAUUACCUACUGAUUUGACUUUGACUAGUUCAACUACCACAUAGCUACUUCAAAUAUAGUUAAAUUACUAGUUGAACUACAUGUAGUUCGCUACUCCCCAACACUGAAUUUCAACCACCCGAUAUACACUUAGUGUACAAAACAUUAGGAACACCUGGUCUUCCAUUACAUAGACUGACCAGGUGAAAGCUAUGAUCACUUGUUCACUCCUCUUCAAUCAGUGUAGAUGAAAGGGAGGAGACAGGUUAAAGAAGGAUUUUUAAACCUUGAGACAAUUGAGACAUGGAUUGUGUUUGUGUGCCAUUCAGAGAGUGAAUGGGCAAGACAAAAGAUUUAAGUGCCUUUGAAAGGGGUAUGGUAGUAGGUGCCAGGCGCACUGGUUUGUGUCAAGAACUUAGGGUAAAAGGGAGGGGGGCGAUAUAACUCAAUAUUAGGUAGGUAUUCCUAAUGUUUUGUACACUUAACCUGGAUGAACAUAGGAUUAUAUAUAUAUUUUUUACGGUUCUAUGUGGAAUUUUCAAUGCAUUUUCAACGUAUACAUAGUUCUGAUGAUUAUGUUGAAAUUAGAUUGAUGUAACAAUCUGUUAGUCAGGUUAAGUCAUUGUAUUUAAGUUGAAGUUUUGCCAUUUCAAUGCUUACAACGCUGGUUGAAAUGAGAUGAAAUCAGUACUGUUUGAUUACUUUUUGUAUUUUCCACAUUGAUUCCACGUCACAAUACGUUGACAAAUGGUAUUGAAACAAUGUUGAUUCAACCAGUGUGUGCCCAGCUGUAGCUGGAAAAGUUUAUCUGUUUAUUCUUUCUUCAUGGUGGACCAUGAUAGUCACACAAACCCUGGCUUGAAAGAAGAGAGUGGUUGCUGAGGUUGCUGCCUUAUAAAGAUUACUUUCUGUUUAUUGUGACUUGAAUAUGGGCCAAGUGGUUCAUAGACUCGGACAGAAAGAGGGCAUGUUCUUGAAGAGGCUGGGGAAGCCAGUUUGUGCACUUCACGUAAUAGUCACUUUCCAGGCUGAAAUUCGGAGUCUAAGUUCUUUGUUUCAAGGGACUUACACCAUUGUCUUCUUCAUAAAUCCACCAAUUUUGCUAUGUUAUGACCAACAUUUUUUGUUGUUGUAUACAAUACCAUCUAUUUAAGGUGUUUGCAACAAAUCUUAAUACGUUAAUUGAUAGGUGGCAUUUAAGAAUUCUCUGUAGAGGGUCAAAGAUAGGCAUGUGUAGCCUUAAGCAGACGGUAGAAACUGAACUCCUUUAGUGUAAUGUAUGAAACCAUGACCAUGCCAUGCCAGAGUCCAUGCCAUCUCCUCCCGUUGUUUCUCAGAGUAAGGGCUUGAAUGCUCAGGUGUUCACUGCAAACGUGUUACCUUAAUGUAUUUUCUUGAGAUAGCUCUCCAUACAAGCCAUGACUGUGCCUGUCGGCGGCUUUUAAAGUUCCAAGAGGCAGCAGCUGCACUACAUAGCUUAAGAUAAUUAACAUAAUGUAAUUAAUGUUACUUUUUCCUGUGGUCCCUGUAAGUGCCUUAAGGAGCCGAGGCAUUUUAGUGUGAUUUUCUAAACAAAUGUCUUCACCUGCUUCUUUGCCCAUUUGAGGAGAAACAGGCCUUUGGAAUCAGUUGUGCUCCAGUUGAGUUUGCACAGGAGCUUUGUACCCGUCGAUCAUGGUGUGUGUGCGUGCGUGCAUGCCUCCGUGCGAUUGUAAUUUGUUGGGUUAUUGGUACACUCCUUGUUCUUUCUGUUGCAACAAACAUUUGGCCAGCAGUCUUGAAGUUGGAAGUACUUAAUGUUACAGUAAGUGUAAACAAGGAGUAAUCACCCCCCUUAUUUGAGAAACAUUGAACAUAGUGUUCUUCUCUGAACUGAAUUAUUACCGCACCAAUUUCAGUGUUGAUUACCAAAUCAUUUAAGUUGUUCCAGUCAUAUAACACAUGGAUUUUAAUAGGAGCCAUCUUGUGAGACUUUAUAGAGAUCUGUGGUUUGUUUGACCUAUCUUUAGAACUAUUAUGAAUCUAAGAGGUUAAGACAGACACUGCUUCAGAGUGAAAGCAUUGCCUCAAGAACAGUCAAGUAAAUUAUUAAAUACGGAGCACUAACUUGUUCACAAUUAAGGCAUUGCUUGAAUAGUUACUUGAGUUAACGGUCCAUUCACAUGCUUUAAUUGGCUUUUCCCAAGUACCGUUAAAUAAUACAGUACUCUACUCAGGGUGUUUAUUCUGAUUAUGGAAUAUUGAAGUAUAAAUGUUUAGCACAGACCCCAAAGAGAUCUCCUGACAUGUAUUUCCAUUCACCUCAAUUUGACAGGACAAAAACCAAUCACCAAAAUAACAAUACUGUAAGUUAUUGGAUGAUGCCCUUUUUUUCCAGUAAUACUUGAGACCAUUGUUUCAGUAAAUAAACAAAGACUGUCCUGCAUUACCUUCUAAGUAAACCACAAAAGUCUGACUCUGUCUAUGACUCAGUACUGAGUGUUGUCUCAAUGGCUGUUCCACUUCCAACGUACAUUCCAGGGUAUGGGUAGAUGUUAAAACCAGGUGUUUCACAACCCUUCUUUUGAAAUGUCCUCAUCUUCUCGCCUGUUUUUUUUUUAUUGUACAAAGACCAAAGUAUCACUCUUUAGCACUCAGUUUCAAAUGAAAUGAAAGGGUCUCUCAAUAAAUAGCUGACCAUACAUAGGAGGUGGUCGAGUGUUGGCUGUCUUCAAUAGUUUUCUUAUUGAAACGGUCACAUUUUGAGGAGAUGGGUCUGACAACCUCUGUGGAAAGAGACUAACAGGGCAAAAGGAGAAGGAAUAUUCAGGGGAAAAGGACUGGAAAUGAUUCCAUGUGAACUGUUACUCACCUACUCUGACUGCCACUGGCAGUGCGAAUGGUAAUGUAAGGACAUGUUGACAAACUGUAUGGCUGGUGGAAGGACACUGAGUCUCACAUGGAUGAUUCUGGCUUAACGAGGAUGUGUGAGACUGAGACUGGGACUGGCAUGAUGAGACCUAUGGUUCUGUUAUAUUUUCCUAUAUUGAAAUACGCACUGUCUUAGGUUUUUGGCACGAGGAACGAUGUCACUAAGGGAGGCUCUGAAAGUCUUAAUAAAAGCUAUCAUGCUGAUUCUGAUUUUUAA